CAGGGGUACUUGGCUAAAGCAGCCAACAGGAGGUUUUCUCUCGGCCUCCAGGCGGUGCUGCUGCCGCUUCAGGCUGCUUAAAGAGCCGCUGAUUCAAACGGAAGCAGCGGCAGCUUCGCUGGUCAGUCCGGGAAGAUGAACGCGCCUCCUGCCUUCGAGUCGUUCCUGCUGUUCGAAGGAGAGAAAAAGAUCAGCAUCAGCAAGGACACCAAAGUCCCAAACGCCUGUUUGUUCACUCUGAACAAGGAGGACCACACGCUGGGCAACAUCAUCCGAGCUCAGCUGCUGAAGGAUCCCCAGGUUCUGUUUGCUGGUUAUAAAGUUCCUCAUCCUCUGGAGCACAAGAUCGUCAUCAGAGUGCAGACUACACCUGACUACAGCCCACAGGAAGCGUUCACCAACGCCAUCACUGACCUGAUCAGCGAGCUGUCGCUGCUGGAGGAACGUUUCCGAGUCGCCAUCAAAGACAAGCAGGAAGGCAUCGAGUGACCACGCCCCCUCCUGAUGUCACCAUUUGUUUAUUGUUGACUUUUCUAAAUAAAGACUGAUGUCACCCCCUG